UGCAGACUUUGAGGCCCUCGCCAAGUCGAGGAACUACAAACUCCGUCGCUGCUUCACGCACGUUUGAUGACGUCACAUCGGCACUUCCCGUCGUGACCUGUUCCUGCCUGUGGGUGCGCGCGCGCCUCCUGUCUCCGAAGAGGUGAAGAAGAGUUUACUUCUCAGAGUUCAGGGUGGGUUCUUUUGGGUCGCGGUGUUCCGUGUGUGGAGGUUUUUUUUUUUGCCGAGGCACCAAGCCCAUUUCCCCGGAGCCGAGAUGCUGAACAUGUGGAAGGUCCGGGAGCUGGUGGACAAAGCGACCAACGUCGUGAUGAACUACUCGGAGGUGGAGUCUAAAGUCAGAGAGGCCACCAAUGACGACUCAUGGGGACCAUCGGGACAGCUGAUGAGCGAGAUCUCCAAAGCCACCUUCAUGUACGAGCAGUUCCCCGAGGUGAUGAACAUGCUGUGGGCCCGCAUGCUGAGGGACAGCAAGAAGAACUGGCGGAGAGUCUACAAGUCGCUGCUGCUGCUGGCCCAUCUCAUCAGGAAUGGAUCCGAGAGGGUCGUGACCAGCACCAGAGAACACCUGUAUGACCUUAGAUCACUAGAAAGCUUCCACUUUGUAGACGAGAACGGGAAGGACCAAGGUGUGAACGUGCGUCAGAAGGUGAAGGAGACGGUAGAUUUCGUCCAGGAUGACGAACGGCUACGAGAUGAACGGAAAAAGUCCAAAAAGAACAGAGACAAAUACAUCGGGGUGUCGUCGGACAGCAUGGGCUACCGGAAUCACGCGGGCGACCGGUACGACUCCAGCGACGGCCGGGGGAAGUGGGACGACGACUGGGAGCGGAACAAAGGCCCGUUCCCCUUCAGCGAGAAGCUGGGCGAGAUCAGCGACAAAAUCGGCAGCACCAUCGACGACACCAUCAGCCGCUUCCGGAAGCAGGACAGAGACGACUCGCCGGAUCGAUUCAGCGACAACGAGGAGGACCGGAGUCGCCCGUCUCACAACGGCAAGUCGGGGAAAGAGUUCAAAGACGAAGAGGAGACCGUCACCACCAAGACCGUUCACAUCGUCCAGGCAACGGAGACCACGGCGACGCGGAAGAGGGGCGUCCCGUCCAAGGUGGUGGACCUGGGGGCCGCAGCCCACUACGUGGGAGACAAGAGCCCAGCCACCACCCCCGAACAGCCAGCCGCCCCCCCGCCCUCCAGUAGCAUCCUAGCCGACCUGUUUAUGGUGGACUCCUCCCCGAGCCAGCCUGCUGCCACAGACCUGAUCACUGGAUUCGCUGACUUCGCCUCACCUGCUUCCUCCGCCGGCGUCUCCGUGGCAUCUGCCGCUCCUUCCUCCAGCAGCAACGGAGACUUCGGGGAGUGGAACGCCUUCCCCGGAGGUCAGAUGCCGGCGUCCGCUCAGACCUCCGGCGCCGGCGGAAGUGACCUCUUUGGAGGCGUGACAGGCCCCGCCCCCGGCCCCGCCCCCCCCUCGGCCGACCUGUUUGACCUGAUGGGGCCGACCCAGAGCCUCGGCUCCUCCCAGAGCCUCAACUUCAGCAUGAGCGGCUCCCAGAGCAUGAGCGCCACGCUGCUGCAGGCCGGCCCGCAGCACCUUCAGAAUAUGGGCGGUGCUCUCCAGCCGCAGUUGGCGUCCUCUCAGGGCGCCGGAGCCAAAGCGGCGCUCCCCUCCACCUGGUCGGACCCCACGGUGAACAUCAGCCUGGACUUCCUGGGCCCGGGCGCGCACCCCCCCAAGCAGAGCCAGCCCACCCUCAACACGCUGCAGCACGGCGUCCCGCCCGCCCUGCUCCCCCAGGGGUUCUCGGCGAUGAACCUCGGAACUGCGCCUGUGAGUCCCAUGAUGCACCCUGGUAUGGGCAUGGCGGCCAACCAGGGCAUGAUGGGGAUGGGCAUGAACAUGGGGAUGCUGCCGCAGGGGGGGAUGGGCAUGGGGAUGAACCCUGCGAUGGUCCAGCAGCCCAAACACGACGCAUUCGCCGACUUCGGCAACUUUGGAAAGUGAUGGAACUGGAGAAACAGAUGAUCUGGUGGAGCGGCGAUCUCUGUAUAUGUAGAUAUACGUAUAUACAUCUCUAUAUACGUAUAUCUAUCUAUAUGUAGAUAUACAUCUCUAUAUACGUAUAUCUAUCUGUAUAUGUAGAUAUACGUAUAUACAUCUCUAUAUACGUAUAUCUAGAUGUGUAUCUCUCUCUUUCCCUCACACUCUCCCCGUGGUAACAGAUUGUUAUGAGCUGCAAACAAAGAGUACUUGAAUCAUGUCGACCAUCACGAUGUCCUGCAAUCUCCUUUUUAUUUUUUAUUUUAUUCUAUUGGUUUUCUUUAUUUUAGAAAUGCCGUGCUGUGAUAUGCAUCUGAAUGUGUGUGUGUUGCGUUUGAACCAAUGACCUGUCUGGUGUCGGACACACACACACACACACACUGACGUCGCUCCAGUGAAAUAACAGAAACGAGAUCCGUGGCUGCGGAAUUUUUCCCUUUUUCGAGGUGCGUUGCCGAAUAACUCGAUCGUCCAUUUUAACUUUCUAAUGUACAUUUAAAGAAUAUAUCAAGUUACUUUUUAUGUCGUUGCUCUUCCUCUUUUUUUUACUUUUUUUUUUGGGACCUGUAAAUAGAAAUCUGGAGCCCUUUGCAAAAUAAGUUAUGACGCUCCUAAUAAUAUGAGAGAGGCGGCGUGACGAGACCAAACCGCUCACGGCGCCUCGCCUCUGUACAGAAAGGCUCGUCAUGAAGGAGUGAAGGUUAUGGAUUUAAUUUGAGUUGAACAGACCAUCAAUUGUGGCCUUUUCUUAUUGCUAUAUAUAUUUUACUUAUGAAGUUUAUAAUCAGUUUGCAUCCAAUUGAGAUAAUCAGUAGGUAGCGAGGACCUCGUACGGGGGGCGUGGGUUCUUAAUGACAGCACAGAGUGCCUUUGACCUUGGGUUUGACCUUGACCUUUGACCUCCUAGAAGGAAACCAUGUGACCUGAGGGGGGGCGGCGACCAGACCGGAGCUUCUGUACCGUGUACACACGUCUGUGUUUGUGCCGACGCCUCAGGCCACGCCUCCGCCCGAAUAAUGUCGCCCGCUGUGUUUUUUUGGAGUUCAUCCCACGUUCCGCUUCACUCGGGUCGGCGAUGACGUCGGAGCUAGAUGUCGGGAAUGUAUUCGGCUCCUCGAAGGACUCGGGCCGUUGCAUCGUCUCACCUUCCAGCUCCGUUAAUGUCGCACAUCGAAAACUAAAAUAAACGGCCAACUUGGAAAAACUGCGUCGCAGCCGUCUGAAUGUUCCGCCUCUUAUUUAUGAGGAAGCUCUUCCACCAGUAGAGGGAGCUCCUCACCACUAGGGGGAGCUCUUCCACUAGUAGGGGGAGCUCUUCAUGGUGAGGAGCUCUUCCACCAGUAGGGGGAGCUCUUCACCACUACGGGGAGCUCCUCACCACCAGGGGGCGCUCUUCCCCAGUGGGACGCCUCUGUCCUCCCGGUACGUCGUGCUCUGGCUCGUGGUGAGCGAUCCUUCCAGCGACCGGAUCCUUUCGAUCCUGUAGACGUGCAGGACGUGGCUCCUCAGCGGUUCAAGUGCCUCCUCGUGACCUUGUGACCUUUGUGAUGAGCGAUAAGUAAAUCUUGGCUUCCUCAUGUUUUUUUAGUACGUCAACGAUUCCAUGAAUGACCCCGUGAGGAGGCCGACGGUCAGGAACACGGAGUCGCCUCGAGCAUCAAAAUGACCAAAAUCUGUUUGCUGUUUUUUCUAAAAAAAAUCUAUAUAUCUAUCAGAAGAGGUUGUUUCAUCUAUUUUGUACUUCAAAUUGAUUUGAUCUUCUCUGAAGUGGGAUUGUUACUGAAACACUAGCAUAUGCAAAUGUAAAGAAUAGAAAAUGAUUUUGUUGUUUUUUGUUGUUUCAUUGUCCCAUAUUGUUUUCGGUUUGAUGUCCACAUUGAUUCUUUAUCUACAACAUUAAACAGUUGAUUGAGA